AUGGGGGAGAUCAAACCGUUCAAAAAUCAAGAUUAUGAAACACUAAAAUCUCAACAUAAUUCGACAAAUUUAUUUACAGAUCCUACGUUUCCUGCAAAUAAUAAAUCUUUGUAUCAUAGUGGUAAACAGCCAAAGGAUAUUCAAUGGUAUCGACCGACAAAAGUAUAUAAAAAUCCUCAGUUUGUUGUUGAUGGAUAUCAAAGAGGAGAUUUAGACCAGGGUGAAAUAGGAAAUUGUUGGUUCAUUGCGGGCGCUGGAGCAGUUACACUAAAUCCUGACUUACUUGGGAAGGUCGUUCCAUGUAACCAAUCAUUUAACGAAGACGAAUAUGCUGGAAUAUUUCAUUUUCGUUUUUGGAUGUAUGGUGAAUGGUUCGAUGUGGUUAUAGAUGAUUUACUUCCAUUUCAUUCAGAUGGACGUUUAGUGUUCUGUCGAAAUAAAAAGGAUAAAAAUGAGUGUUGGGCGCCACUAUUAGAAAAAGCUUAUGCAAAAGUCUGUGGUUCAUAUGAAGCAAUGGAAGGUGGUUUUACAACUGAUGCUCUUAUUGAUAUGACAGGUGGAAUUGAAGAAGCAUUCGAGUUAAAUGGAGUAACCACCCCAGAUUUUAAAGAUCAAGUAAAACGUGUUUUAUGGCAAGCUUAUUUGAGAAAGUCAAUGCUAGGAUGUUCGAUAACAGCUGAUCCAAACGUAACUGAAGCACGACUUUCAAACGGUUUGGUCAAAGGGCACGCAUAUUCAAUAACACGAGUGGCUGAUGUAACGUCAAAUAAUGCAUCUAUCACUCUCGUACGAUGUCUAAAUCCAUGGGGAAACGAAACAGAGUGGAAUGGUGCAUGUUCACAAUUAUGGAGUACAAUCAGUGCUGAAGAACAACAUGAGCUAUCAGUCAGGGCACAAGAUGGAGAGUUCUGGAUGAGUUAUGAUGACUUUUUUAAAAAUUUCCAUCAACUGCAUAUUUGUCACCGAGGUCCAGCUAGUUUGGGAACAACUGAAGGCGAUGCCGAAACAUGUAGUUGGAGUAAUUUAUUUCGAGAUGAUAAAUUAACUUGGAAAGAAGAAGCGUUUCAUGGUGAAUGGCGUCCAGGUGUUUCUGCUGGAGGAAGUGGACAAACAGGAAAAGAGAAAUAUUGGACAAAUCCACAAUAUCUUGUUAAAGUAAAUUAUACUGAUGAUGGUGAUGAACAAAAUUUGUGUACAAUGAUUAUUGCACUCAUGCAAAAAGAGACACGAUUAAGACGUAUACAAGGAAAAGAAGGCGAAGAUUAUGUACAAUUUCGUGUGUUUAAGAUCAUGAAUAAUGUGGAUGUACGUGAUAAUAUUGAACAAGGAAAUUUAAAAUUUUACAUGUCACAAUUGGAGCGAGUCGGAGCCUCAGGCGCCUACAUCAAUAGACGAGAAGUGACAAAACGAUUUCGAGUCCCGCCAGGUCACUAUAUUAUUAUACCGAGUACUUAUGAUGCCGAUAAAAGCGGACGCUUUUUAUUACGAAUAUUCACUGAAAAAGAAGCUGAUCAAGCGGAAAUGAAUCAAAACAAGGAAGAUCUUACUGAAUCGGAUAUAUUUUUUCAAGAUGACAAUGUUGAUAAUUUAUUUGGUGAAUGGACAAACUUUUUACCCGGUGGUGAUAGUGAAGAUGGAGGUAACGAACCAAUUAAUCCGGAUAUUGGUGGUGCUUUUCCAUCGCCUCAUCCAGAAAAACCGAGUAAUAUUGAUCUGGAAGAUGAUGAUCAAAUGUAUCCACAAAAACGAUUUUGUUCAAUUAUGUAA